AUACAUCUACAAAUGUGUGUAUGCUCAUAACUUUUUUUAGAGAGUUGAUAAGUAUUAUUCUUAGUGUUAUUUUCGGAAAUUAAUUAUCGGCGUGCACCAUAAAAAAACUAAAUUGUUGAAUAUCACAUGUACCAAAUUUUCUAAAUACUUUCAAGAAUGGAUAUGGAGGCUGAAAAAGGCGAAGCGUUCAACAAAGAGCCGGACGGCGGCAAAGUCACGGACGCAGUCGCAGCCUUGCCCACAGACCCAAAAACCAUUCAAGACAAUGAAGUCGAUUCAACGUGUUCUGUGGAGGAAUCAACCGCCGCUCCUCCUAGCGAGCCAGUGCAGGAAAAGCCGGAAACUGCACCAAUAGGUAGUCGUUCACCAAGUGCCACUCGAAAGUCACGCAGCCGCAGCGGCAGUGCUAUUGACAGCUCUCGACGCUCUCGUAGUCGAUCAGGCAGCGGGUCGCCCCAUCGCUCUCGAAGCGGAUCUCAACGCUCGCGCAGCGGAUCUGGAUCUAGACGCUCGCGCAGUGGAUCUGCUCGUUCACGAAGUGGUACUCGCUCUCGCAGUGGCUCCAGACGUUCACGCAGUGAAUCGAAGCGUUCACGCAGCGGCUCUGAGGGACGCUCACGCUCACGAAGUGGAUCUAGACGCUCUCGCAGUGGAUCUAGACGCUCUCGUAGUGGAUCCAGACGCUCCCGUAGUGGAUCGGGAUCCAAGCGUUCACGCAGUGGAUCUGCGCGCUCACGUAGUGGAUCUGCACGCUCACGUAGCGGAUCUGCGCGCUCACGUAGCGGAUCAAGGCGCUCUCGCAGUGGCUCGAGACGUUCUCGUAGUGGAUCUGGAUCUAGACGCUCGCGUAGUGGAUCGGGAUCUAGACGCUCGCGUAGUGGAUCUGGAUCUAGACGCUCGCGUAGUGGAUCUGGAUCAAGACGCUCACGUAGUGGAUCAAGGCGUUCACGUAGCGGAUCCAGACGAUCACGUAGUGGAUCUGCCCGCUCACGUAGUGGCUCAGCGCGCUCACGUAGCGGAUCGAGGCGUUCGCGUAGUGGAUCUAGACGUUCGCGUAGUGGAUCUCGUUCUCGCAGUGGAUCAAGACGUUCACGUAGCGGCUCCAGACGAUCCCGCAGUGGCUCUGGUUCCAGGCGCUCACGUAGCGGCACACGCUCACGCAGCGGCUCCAAGGACUCACGUGCUGGCUCCGCUCGUUCGCGCAGUCGAUCCAAAAGUGCAGAAUCCUCACACAGUCGCAGCAAAUCAAAAAGGAAAUCUGACCAUCGCUCGCGCUCAAAUAGUCCUGCCGACUCGAUCACAUCUCAGGAUGCACUGAAUCGGAAACGUGUUAUCACCAGCGACUCUGAAGAUGACGUACCAAAGCUACACAAGAAACGGGCAAAAAUCACCGACACAGACAACGAGGACGAGGAUGAGGACAGGAAGAAGGACGCUGAUGACAAUAUGGCUGAAAAGUCACAGGCUAAAAUCGUUGAAAGUUCGGAUGACGAGAAUACGCCCAUUUCAAACGAGCCAGAAAACAGCAAUUUCAUAUCCGAUUUCGAUGCAAUGCUGAUGCGCAAGAAGGAGGAGAAACGUGUGCGACGACGCAAGCGCGAUAUCGAUUUGAUAAAUGAUAAUGAUGAUCUGAUCGAUCAAUUGAUAAUCAAUAUGAAGAACGCCUCAGACGAUGAUCGCCAGCUUAAUUUGGCCGGCAAGCCGGCAACUAAGAAGAUUUCAAUGCUCAAACAAGUGAUGUCUCAGCUAAUUAAGAAGGAUCUGCAAUUGGCCUUCUUGGAGCACAACAUACUCAAUGUACUUACAGAUUGGCUAGCACCGUUGCCAAAUAAAAGUCUGCCCUGUCUGCAAAUUCGCGAAAGCAUAUUGCGUCUGCUAUCCGAUUUUCCAACCAUAGACAAGUCAUAUUUAAAGCAAUCGGGCAUCGGAAAAGCCGUCAUGUAUUUGUACAAACAUCCACAAGAGACAAAGACAAAUCGAGAUCGGGCUGGUCGCUUGAUAUCGGAAUGGGCCCGUCCCAUCUUCAAUCUGAGCUGUGAUUUCUCAGCAAUGAGCAAGGAGGAGCGUCAGGAGCGCGAUUUGGCGCAAAUGUCACGCACUCGUCAUAAGACCCCAGAGCCUGCGCCUGCAUCAAGCAGCAAUCCGCCAUCGCUAAAUCCGACUUUCUCCAAUGAUGACAAACUGCUGCGUCCUGGCGAUCCCGGCUGGGUGGCUCGCGCCCGUGUACCAAUGCCAUCCAACAAAGAUUACGUUAUUCGCCCCAAGUCAACCGUCGAAGGCGAAGUUUCGUCCUCGAAACGCAAGCCCAAUCGCUAUGAGAAGCACAUGAAACGCUUCUUGGAUUCAAAACGCUCGAAGGAGAGUCGACGUGCCGUCGAAAUCUCAAUAGAGGGCCGUAAAAUGGCGCUUUAAGUAUAAGGCAACA